AUGGACGGCCACAACGACCUCCCGUGGACGCUGUACCAGGCCUACGAGCAUCGGCUCGAGAAGGUGGACCUGCGGGAGCCGCAGGAGGCCGUGCACUGCCCGGCGCUCCGGCACCGGUACCUGCACACGGAUUUCCCGCGCGUCCGCAAGGGCGGCCUCACGGCGCAGUUCUGGUCCGUCUACGUGCCGACGCAGAUUAGGGGCGACGCGGCGGUGCAGAAGACGCUCGAGCAGAUCGACGUCGUGCACCGGCUCUGCGAAAAGUACAGCGGCGAGAUGGGCUUCGCGUGGAGCGCGGCGGACGUGCGGCGCAUCGUCGCCGAGGGCAAGCUCGCGAGCAUGUGCGGCGUCGAGGGCGGCCACCAGAUCAACGGAUCGCUCGCGACGCUGCGCAUGUACCACCGGCUCGGCGUGCGUUACAUGACGUUGACGCACAACGGCGGGCCCGGCUGGGCCGACGCGGCGCUCGACGACGACAGCAAGUACGUCGAGCACGCGAAGGCCGGCGGCCUCUCGCCCUUUGGCUGCGAGGUCGUCCGCGAGAUGAACCGCGUCGGCAUGGCCGUGGACAUCGCGCACGUGCACGAGGACACGAUGCGCAAGGCCAUCGAGGUCAGCGAGGCGCCCGUCAUCUUCUCGCACUCGAACACGCGCGCGGUCUGCAACCACCCCCGGAACGUGCCCGACGACGUGCUGCUCAGUCUGAAGAACGGCAAGGACGGCGUGGUCAUGAUAAACAUCAACGCGCCCUUCAUCGCCGGAGACUUCUUCGUCAAGGACGGCAAGGUCGGCGCCACGGUCAAGGAGGUCGCGGACCACGUCGACCACGCGAAAAAGGUCACGGGCUCCGUCGCCCACAUCGGCCUCGGCGCGGACUACGACGGCAUCAAGUCGCCCUCGCGCGGCAUGGAGGACGUGUCCACGUACCCGAUCCUCACGGCGGAGCUCCUCAAGCGCGGCUACACCGACGACGAGAUCAUCGCCAUCAACGGCGGCAACGUCAUCCGCGUCAUGGAGAAGAUCGAGGCCGUCGCCGCCCGGCUCCAGAAGACCCGCCUCGCCUCCGAGGCGACGCCCGCGGACUUUGGCGAGGUCGCGCUCUGA